GGAAAAUUGGCGGUUGCGCUGCUGCAUCGGGUUUCUUUCGCUCCCCUGCAACCCUCCGACCCCGACUCCUCGCUCCCUCUGUGACCAAGUCUCACCCCCGGGAAACCCCCCCCAAAGUUGGUACGGAGUAAUUCAAAGCAUUUUCCGUCGACGACGCAACUAUCACCAGAAAUUGCUUUGUAUCACAAACAGCGGGAAUCAUGGCUUCUGCACCCACCGCCAACGGCGACGCCGCCGCGGCCGAUUACAACCUCAUUUCUAAGCUCGCCAAGCACCUCGAUCGCCACCUUAUCUUCCCGCUUCUCGAGUUCAGCGCUUCCCAACUGGUCGACGAGGAAAGCGGCGAGGUCAAGGAUGAGGCAAAGGCGCGCGAGAUCUCGCAGGCGAAAUACUCGCUUCUAAAGAAGACCAACAUGACGGACUACGUAGCCAACCUUUACUGCGAGCUUCAGGGCCUCGAGGAGCCGCCCGCCGAGUUUGCCGAGAAGAAGCAAAAGGUGUUCAGCCAGCUGCAGAAGUACGAGCAGGAGACGAGCAAGAUCAUUGAGCUUCUUGAGCGCGAUGAUGUGGUCAACAACCUUAGGAGUGACAAGGUGGCCAACUUGGAGUUUCUGAAGCGGGAUCAUCAGGUGACAAUGGAGAUGGUGGAUGCCCUGUUUGAACUCGGAAACCUACAAUACAGCUGCGGCAACUACGCCGACGCGUCCGAGAUGCUCUACCGCUUCCGCGUCCUCUCUACUGAUAACGACAAGGUGGCGUAUGCGACAUGGGGCAGGCUCGCCUGCGAGAUCCUCACCAUGAACUGGGAGACGGCCAUGGAGGAGUUGCAAAAGGUUCGCGAGACCAUCGACUCGAGGCUGUCACAGAACCCGCUGGCGCAGCUGCACCACAGGACCGCCCUCACCCACUGGGCCCUGUUCCCCCUCUUCAACUUCGAAAAGGCCCGCGAGCCGAUCCUCGAGCUCUUCUUCAGCGCCGGCUACAUCAACACUAUCCAGGCGAACUGCGCGUGGAUCCUGCGCUACCUCGCCGUCGCCGUAAUCACGAACCGCAGCCGCGCCAAGAACCCCGGCAUCCACCAGAAGCAGAUGAAGGACAUCGUUCGGAUCGUGAAGCAGGAGGCGUACGAGUACCAAGAUCCGGUCACGCGCUUCGUGCACGCGCUCUGCAUUGACUUCGACUUCGAGGAGGCCCAGCGGCAGCUGGUUCUGGCCGAGGAGGUUCUCCGUGCUGAUUUCUUCCUCCUUGCGCACGCCGACGACUUCGUCGACUCGGCGAGGCAUCUGAUCUUUGAGAGUUACUGCAAGAUCCAUGCUCGCAUCUCGCUGCAGGAUCUGAGCGCGAGACUGGGCCUGAAUGCGGACGCGGCCGAGAAGUGGAUUGUUAACCUCAUCCGUGACACCAGGCUUGACGCCAAGAUUGACUAUAAGGAGGGUACAGUCGUCAUGAACCACCCGCCAAGCUCCGUCUACCAGCAGGUUAUCGAGAAGACCAAGGGCGGCUUCUUCAGGACGCAGGUUCUGAGCGCGGCGGUUGCAAAGUAGGAGCAGCAACUCGAGAACGAAACUAUGGGGGAGGAUCGUAAUCAGAGCGGGGAGGAACAACCAGCUCUGGAACAGCCAGCUGCGGAGCACAGGCAGGACGGGAACCCCCCAACCCGCGAACCUGCCAAUUGAUGGCCUAACCUGAGCCGGGGGCUUUCUUGCUUUGGCGGUUCAGCGCCGGACAGCGGAGUUGCAAAACUGGAAUUGUGGGGGUUCUAUGUCCCCCAUCAAAUCAUGUGGCUUGAUAGGGGAGGGCGGAGGUCUGGGUUUGCGGAUUUGCAGCAUCGGUAGACAUCGUGCAAUGGCGGCGACCAUAUAUCACUAUGCCGUUACAGCGGAUGGGCAGCGAUGUACAUAUACCUCGACGGCGCAUGAGAAUGGUUAUGGCUGAUGGCUUGCUUGGCGGAUUCACUACAGGAUUUGCCAAAAGGGAAAAGUUUGAGCCACAUGCUCUUCGUCCAGAUUGCCGUUAUUCAUUCCCUCGGACUG